UCUCAAAGUGUCAAAGAGAUUCAUUCUGCAUGUAUGUUUUCAGAUACAUUGUUGCACACGAUCAACGAAGCAAGAAGUUGUAACAUUCUUCCGUGACCAGUGAUAGUUUCUCAAUUUGUUAUUAUGUCAGAAUCGAUCAAGAAUGUUGCAAUAUUUGGGGCCACGGGAAUGACCGGACUGGUGACAUUACCACUGGCUGUUGCAGCGGGUAGGCAACGUUUCUAAAUGACAGAAUUUACUAAUUAUUGUAGAUUAUAGGUUAUUUACACAAUCCCUCAUAUAGCGAUUUCUGUGUAGCCUGGUCCAAAAGUGAUCGGAGUGUUAUGCCUUGUUCCUAAACUAUGCUGAACGUUAUUCAUCUGAUUUCCUAUGCAAUGCUAUAGGACAGCAGACAUCUGCCAUUAGAAUAUGCUAUACUAGUGUAAUUGGAAGUAUCAAUGGUCAUCUGAGCUAUUUGCCACAGCCUUCCUCUGGGGGAAAAAAAAGUUAUUAUUUUCUAUUUUAUUCUAUAUUGUGUUGUUGUUUUCUGUUCUCUUCCAAUCUGAUCUGUUCUAUUCGAUUAAUUACAUCGUUUCAAAAUAAUAGCAAAAGUGCUAAAAGAAGCAGAUAUAAUUUGGCUUAUUUGAUUAACAAGUGUUUUCGUUUCCUUGCUCUGAGAUCACGGGACAAAAGUGUUGAGUCAUGCAAGUCGUUAUAGGGUUCUGCUGACUCAUGAUUGGGAUGAGUGCGUUGCAGUGCGCAGCAGAUACUCGAUAAAGUCCGCUGUCCGCUUAUCGCGCUUAUCGCGCUUAUCCAGAACACUAGGAUGGCCUAAUCAAUUAGACCCACGGCUAUGCUCUAGAAUUGAGAUCCAUUCAUAAAAAAAUAACCGAUUGCCUACAUUACAUAUUCCUCUCAUCUUCAUAUUCCCAUCAGACUCAAAUCCCUCUGGAUCAUUGGUAGAUGAUAAGAUUAGUCAAUAAAUUCAUAAUGCUUCUCUGUACUUCAUUAUCCACAGGUUACAACGUGACAGUGCUGGUGAGAGACCCUGCCAGGCUGCCUGCAGAACACAAAGCCUGCAGGGUGGUGGUGGGAGAUGUCCUCAAUAAGGAGGAUGUGAAGAAGACCAUGGAGGGUCAGGAUGCUGUUAUCAUCAUUCUGGGCACCAGGAAUGACCUCAGUAAGUUUAGGCAAUCUUUCAUUAGUAGGCUAUAGGAAUUUUAAGUUAGUAAAAACAUAUGUGCAGUUGUGUGAAUAAAACCAAGUUAUAACAGAUACGUUAUACAAGCUGAAAUCUAUCUUGAAGUGCAAAUCAAAAUGGAAGUGUUCAGGAGUCUUAUUAAAACAUGUUUUCUGCUUUGAGGUAAAAUAUGUUUUGUAAUAAUGUUCAGGGUGAGUUGCUGUAACUAACUGCACUAGGGUUGCUGAAGUAGGCCUACACCAUUUAAUGCUUAGGCCAGGAUAAUGGUCAGUAUGUUCAUGUUUCAGUUGCAAUCCACAGGUCCCACAACAAUUAUGUCAGAAGGAACCAGAAACAUCCUAGACGCCAUGAAAGCUCGGGGGAUCCGCAAAGUAGUUGGCUGCAUGUCAGGUACAGAGGAAUCUUGGACAGUCAGGGUCACAGCAUCUUUCCAACUUCCAAUAAACUACCAUAAAGAAACCAUAUUAUUAUAUUGUCCCCAUCUCUGCUUCACAGCCUUCCUCCUAUGGGACCGGUCUAAAGUGCCACCCAGGCUCCUGCCAGUCACAGAGGACCAUGAUAGGAUGUACAUGGUGCUGAAGGAGUCAGGGCUGGACUUUGUGGCUGUCAUGCCCCCUCACAUCGAUGGUUAGUCGUCCCCCUUCCCCAUUUCCUGAAUCAGUAGAAAUGUAGUACUGUACUACCAGAGUCGCAUACUGUAAGUGGUUCCAGUGAUGACAUGAUAGGCCUAUCAUCCUUCCUCACGCACUACCCACUGGGCAAAGACGUAAAUUCAACGUCUAUUCAACACUGGUUCAAUGUAAUUUCACUGAAACUACGUGGAAACAAUGUUGAUUCAAAGUGUGUGCCCAGUGGGAAUGUACUGGAUGGAUUCGUGUUAUUCAACUGAUAUUAAACAUUACAAACAUAUUGAGUAAACAUUUUCUGAAUAUGUAAUAAUAUUAGGUGCCUUAUAUUGCACUGCUAAAUAUAAAUGCACUGCUAUUCCCAACAGAUAACCUCCCUUUGACUGAUAAGUACACAGUGACAGAGAACAUGCUGAAAGGGCGGGUCAUUUCCAAAUAUGACCUGGGACACUUCUUCGUCAAGUGCUUGUCCAUCUCUGACUGGGACAGGAAGACCGUUGGGAUUUGUGGGGAGUACAGUUAACCCUAACAAGACAGAGCCCUCCUUUCUCCGUUUCCAUAAAGCAGUUAAGACAGCUGGCCUAUCAGACACAGCAACUUAGAUCUUCUUUCUACAGGCCAAUCUUUCUUGCUUGAAAGAAAUAGCAGCUUUGGCUUUUGCUAAUGUUUUGUAACUAUUUAGUUUAUCUUGACAAUGGAUAUUAUAAUGUAUAAAAAUUGUAAUAUGUUAAACAUCUUUGUAAUUGUGUGUGGGUCUCGUACUUUGUGCAGACUGUUUAAUUUGAUUCAUAGCCAAUAUCUUUCAAAUAUCGAUUUUACUUUGACUUUAUAUUUUAUUUUAACCCAACAGCAAUUGAAUGUUGACUGAGUAUGUAUGAGUGCAAAGUGAGUCAUCAAUUAGGCCUAUGUGUUAUUGAUAGCCUAGGCCUACUUGUAGCCUGAUCGUGUGCUAUGCCAACAAAUGUAGACUACAAAUGUUUAUAUUCCUAAGAACAUAUGAUGUCAUCAUUUUAUAGCUAGCUUUUGAAAUAAAGAGUUUUCUAAUACAACAUA